AUGGAUCAACAAGGCGGCCAGUCCGGGGUGCCCGGCCCCGCUGGACGCAAGCUCCAUAUCGCUCACCGGAGAAGUCCCUCUGAGCUUACUCCUUUGAUGAUGGAACAAUUGGCCAUUCAGCAACAAAUCGAGCUGCUCCAGCAGCAACAACAACAGAUUGCGGCCACACACCAACAGUACGUUAACAUGGGCUUGUUGCAGCCGCAGCAAUUAGGCCAAGUCAACCCUUUCCAACAAGGUGGCAACAUGGGUGGUGUAUCUCCCCAAGUCAACGCCUUUCAAUUCCCGCAGCAACAGCAGCAGGGACAGCAACUGAAUGUCCCCAUGAACGCUCCUCAACCCUCCCACCGUCGCAAUCAAUCCGCUCUUCCUGGGCUUGCCAUGGGCCCACCUCCUGCCCCGUCAUCUGGAGCCUCGGGAUACGCAGAGUUCAACCAGCAGGGUCACAACAACCAGAAGAAUGAGAACACCCACGGUCGCGGCCGCGGAGGUCCCCCGCGUCGUCACUCUCUCGCUCUGCCGGAAGCCAAGAAGGCCGCAGAGCUUGCUCAGCAGAAGAGAACCGCUUCCGGUUUCCAAUUCCCCGCCCCCGCCCCUGACGCGUCCGGCUCGGACAGCCAGGCAGGUCCUGAUGACAAGCCCGGCUCGAGUACCUCUCCUGCCCCCCAGGGUCUCGGUCUGCAGCGCGCUGGCAACAUGCGCGCUGGUGGUCAUGGUCGAAGCCAGUCGAUGGCUAUUGGUGGCAACCGAGGCUCCGUCUCUGGACGCGGUGCCGGUGGCUUCCAAUUCCCCGCACCAAGCGAUGGCGGUUCAGCCGACAACCAGCGCCGAGGCAGUCAGCCCGGCGGUCACGCUCGUUCGGGAUCCCGAAACUUUGAUAGCAACUGGCGCCAGCCAAACAACCAGAACCAGGGCCAGGACCAACGCCAGCAGCAGCAGGGCGGUUUCCAACCCGGCCACCGCUCGCGUGGCUCGAUGAACCAGUCGAUGGGCUCCAUCGGCCAGUUCCAGUACCCUGGUCAACCCCAGCUUAUUCAGCUGCCUCAGGGCCAGAUGAUGAUGGCCCAGCCCCAGAUGUUCCCUGGUGGCCAGCAAUUGAAUCCGCUCCAGCUUGCCCAGCUUCAGGCUAUUCAGCAGCAAAAUGCCGGUGGUCUCCAGGCCAGCCAGCACGCCCCGCCGCAGCUGUCUGUUCAGCAGCAACAGCAGCAACAGCAGCAGCAGCGUAAGACCCUCUUCACUCCUUACCUUCCUCAGGCAAACCUGCCCGCUCUUAUCAGCAACGGACAACUGGUGGCUGGUGUCCUGCGCGUGAACAAGAAGAACCGUUCCGACGCAUACGUGACUACUCCGGAUCUGGACGCCGACAUUUUCAUUUGCGGUAGCAAGGACCGUAACCGCGCUUUGGAGGGUGACUUUGUCGCCAUUGAACUCCUGGAUGUCGAUGAGGUCUGGUCUCAGAAGAAGGAGAAAGAAGAGAAAAAGAAGCGUAAGGAUAUUACGGAUGCCCGUUCCGGAAGCAACGCUGGCAAUGACAAGCUGGGUCGAUCCGAUUCCAAUGGUGACCGACAGGAGGUUGGCCCGGAUGGAAGCAUCCGCCGCCGUGGUAGUCUCCGUCAGCGUCCGACUCAAAAGAAGAAUGACGACGUCGAGGUUGAGGGCCAGAGCCUCCUCCUUGUCGAGGAGGACGAGAUCAGUGACGAGCAAAAGCCUCUCUAUGCCGGUCACGUUGUUGCUGUCAUUGAGCGUAUUGCGGGUCAGAUGUUCUCUGGCACCCUGGGUCUGCUUCGCCCCAGCAGCCAAGCCACCAAGGAGAAGCAAGAGGCCGAGCGACAGGCCAGAGAUGGCGCUCACGGCCGCCACCAGGAUCGUCACCAGGACAAGCCCAAGAUUGUCUGGUUCAAGCCUACCGAUAAACGUGUGCCUCUGAUCGCUAUCCCCACCGAGCAGGCUCCCCGUGAUUUCGUGGAAAAGCACCAGGACUACGCCAACCGUAUCUUUGUCGCUUCCAUCAAGCGCUGGCCCAUUACCUCUCUGCACCCCUUCGGUACUCUCGUGGAGCAACUUGGAGAGAUGGGUGAUCUGCGGGUUGAGACUGAUGCUCUUCUCCGCGAUAACAACUUUGGCUCUGAUGACUUCUCUGAUGCCGUCAUCAAGAGCAUUGGUUGGGAGGGCUGGACCGUCGCCAACGAGGGCGAAGCUCUGGGUUCACGACGUGACUUCCGUGAAGAGACCAUCUUCACCAUUGACCCCGAGAACACCAAGGCUCUUGAGGAUGCGUUCCACGUCAAGAAGCUUGCUGAUGGCAAGGUCGAGAUUGGUGUCCACGUUGCCGACAUUGCCCACUUUGUCAAGGGUAACUCCCUGGUGGACCGUGAGGCCAAGAAGCGAGGCACUGCUGUUUACCUAGUGGAUCGUGUUAUGAACAUGCUCCCAUCUCGGGUCUCCAGUGAGCUUUGCUCUCUGCUUCCGGACCAGGACCGCCUUACCGUCAGCGUUGUCUUCCAUGCCAACCCCGAGACCGGUGCCAUUGAUGAUGACGUAUGGAUUGGCAAGGGUAUUGUUAAGAGCGCAGGCCGUUUCAGCUACGACGAUGCCAACGCUGUGAUCACUGGCAAGUCCAGCUCGACUGGAUCCAGCGUCUCCACUGAGCAUGUCCAACUUCUGAGUGCCGUUGCCAACAAGUUCCGGGAUGCCCGCUUCGGAAACAGGGUGGCCAACGUUCCUUCUCUGCGUCUGCUUCAGCAGCUUGACGAUGAGAACGUGCCCGUCGAGUACAACAUCUUCGACUCCAGCCCGGCCCACGAGCUCGUCGAGGAGCUUAGCCGCCAGGCCAACUACUUCGUUGCCCGUAAGCUGGCUAAUGCCAUGCCUGAGAAGGCUUUCCUUCGUCGCCAGCCAUCUCCCAACUCUCGCCGUCUCACCCUGUUCGUCGAGAGAAUGAACCGCCUUGGAUACGAUUUCGAUUCUUCUAGCAGCGGAAGCCUGCAGAGCACUCUCUGCAAGGUGUCCGAUGUUGACCUCCGCAAGGGAAUGGAAACCCUGCUUGCCAAGGCUAUGCAGCGUGCCAAGUACUUCGUUGGACCUGGCCCUGCUGACGAGCAGCGCCAGCACUACACCUUCAAUGUGCCUGUGUACACCCACUUCACCAACCCCUCUCGCCGCUACGCCGAUGUGCUUGUGCACCGUCAACUUGAGUCUGUCCUCUCUGAGGGUGCCAUUGAGUUCACUGAUGAUGUGGAGUCGUUGACCAAGACCGCCGAUCUGUGCAACAACAAGAAGGAUUCGGCCCACAAUGCCCAGGAGCAGAGCGUCCACAUCGAGGCCUGCCGCAACAUGGACCGAAAGGCUCAUGAGAUUGGUGGCGACCUCAUCAGCGAGGGUAUUGUUCUUUGCGUUUAUGAGUCCGCCUUCGAUGUCCUCAUUCCUGAGUACGGCUUUGAGAAGCGUGUGCACUGUGACCAGCUGCCUCUCAAGAAGGCCGAGUUCCGCAAGGAUUCGCGUGUGCUUGAGCUCUACUGGGAGAAGGGUGUCCCCUCGUCUGCUUACAUCCCCGAAGAUGAGCGACCCAAGCCCGCCAACUCUCGUGCUGCCCAGGCGGCUGCCGCUGCCCGCGAGGCCGAGGCCGCCAAGGAGCGUGCCCGUGAGCGUGACGAGGCAAUGCGCAAGCAGACCGAGACUGGCACCAUGUCUGCGGACGAUGUUGAUGCCCUUUUCGAUGACGAUGACGAGGAUGUUGACGAGGUGACUGAACAGGAUGCUGGCGUCUCCUUGAACUCGGCUGACCGGUCGACCCAGAGCAUGCCGCCGUCGCCCACUCGCAACGGCCACCUCCAGCAGGGACCUCACCGCACUCGCUCUGACCCCAAGAUCGCCUCGAGCACCAGCGAUGCUCCUGAGAACAAGCUGACUAACAAGGAGAAGUACCUCAAGUCGUUCAAGCUGAGAGAGGAGAAUGGCGACUUCAUCCAGGAUGUUACCGAGAUGACUCGCGUUCCCAUCAUUCUCAAGACUGACCUGAGCAAGAGUCCUCCAUGCCUCACGGUUCGGUCUGUCAACCCUUACGCUUUGUAA